AGGAAKCGCACGGACGAGAGAGGAAGCGAGAGUCAGCGAUGGCGUCGUUGGUGAAGAGCGUCUUCACAGCGAUCAGAGAAAAAGGCAUCGGCGGCAUUGUCAGGGAGCUCAGAGAAGGAGGAUAUUCGAAAUGCCUUUUGGAUGGAAACCUACUGCAAACUAAGAUCCACAAUAUUGGUGCAAGACUAGUGGGAGUUGAUCAAUUUGGAAAUAAAUAUUAUGAACAACUUGAUACUCAAUAUGGAAGACACAGAUGGGUGGAGUAUGGGGACUUAGGUCGCUACAAUGCUUCUCAGGUACCAUCARAGUGGCAUGGGUGGCUGCAUUAUAUCACUGACCACACGGGAGAUGAGCUUCUGAUGCUGAAACCAAAACGGUAUGGUGUUCCACACAAGGAGAACUUUUCUGGAGAGGGUGACGAAUACAUUUACCAUUCCAAGGGCCACACCCUCAACCCGGGACAGAGAGACUGGACAAGAUACCAGUCAUGGCAGCCCACAAAGACCUAAAUUUUCUUCUUCAAACAGUUCCUUGAGAACAUGGAAGGUUGUUUGGGAUCUGCUUCUUUUUUUAUGCAACUCUCUUCUUGAUAUGUUUGAGGACGUUGAAUAAUAUGAAAUCCUGAAUAUUUUCUCAGGAAGAAAAUAUGAUCAAGACAGAGCUUUGCUAGUGACUUCAUAACCUUAUUAAUGAUCUUCCUUGUUGUCUGUCUAUAA